CCAAAUUUUAAUGGAGAUAAGCACGAUGGACGACGAAAUAGCUGCAAAAACGGAAGAAGGAACGUCAGGCGACAAUAAUAACUCGGUUGCAAAGGAAAUUUCGAGCGACUUGAUUGUCAAAAACAUGGAAGAAGUACUCAAGAGCAUCAAGAAGGAGAAGAAAAAGAAGCACAAAUUGAAACAUAAGCACCACAAAGACAAGAAAAGAGACAAUGAAGAAGAAAUUGAUGCUGCAACGCCCAAAGACGACGAAAAAACUGAACAAGGCAACAAAGAAAACGUCAGCAAAAAGCCGACGAACGCAUUUGCAUUGAUGAUGAAUGCUCGCAAACAAAGUAUUGGCAGCAAUUCGAACGGAACAGAAGUCGAAGCAUCAACUUCGAGUCCCUCCUCACAAAAUUCAGCAAAGCGGAAGCGAAAAGAAAUGCUCCAGGAAUGGUCUGACAACAAAGGAGGCCGAGCGAGACGUGAAGCGGAAGAAGCUGGCGAGCAAUAUGUGCAAAAAGAACUGAAAAAACGCGCAACUCGCUUGAAAAAUUUACUCGUAAACGGCAAAAAAGCCGAAAAAACGAGCGAUUACGAGGUCAGUGACGACUUAGAUAGUGCCGAUGAUGAUUUUACCCCAACAUCCGGCGGCAGAAAGACUAAAAUCAAAAUCUUGCGCAAAUCAUCAAAGGUCAAAAGACGAAAAAUUAGCGAAACGCAAGAAGAAGACUCGCAGGACAGCAAAAAUUUUGUCUCAAAACUCGGUUCUCCGAUUAAAAAGCGCGACAGUUUGCUCGGAUAUUUCGCAAAAGUCAACAAAUCCGACGAAAAUCUCGUUGAAAGUCCAAAAAGUGCGCCGAAAAAUGGAAAAAUCCCCAAAAAUCAGGAGAUAAAGUCACCAACUUCGUCUUUCACGCCUUCGAAAAUCACCCCGCGACGAAUAGCACGUCGUAGAAAUACUCCAGUAACACCGGUAGUGGUUGAAAUUCCCGCAGAAACGUCGACUCCAAGUACUGAAAGUGAUUCCCGUCCUCGUCGAUCAUGCACCAUGGCUCCGAAAUCAUACAAAUUUGAGUCGCCCGAUGGAAAAACGAAGAAAAAAGAGACAAAAAAGACGGAAGAAGAUGAAAAAAUGUACAUUGAACUGAGUGACGAGUCCAUGGAUGCCGUGACUCCAACGCGAAAACCUGCAAAACUCGCCGCGAUUUUCAAUAAAAAGCUUCCAAAGCCGGUUCUUGACCCGGAAGUCGCCAAAGCACGUCAGGAAUUUCUGCGAUCGGGCUUGCCAGAGACAAUUCGCGUGGAACAGGAACGUCAAAGGGAGUUUGAGGAGGCUUAUGAGGUCAAAUAUUUUCCGAGUGUGAGUCAUGUCACCCAAAAUGAGGCUGUGACGCCGGAAAUUAUCGAUUGGAGUUGUUCGAAAUUCAAGUUUAGAACAAAUUUUGAUGAAAAUUGCAUGAAAAACGAUCAAAAAUUGAAUUUAAUUGACGUUGGAGACUUCAAAAGUCAAGAAAAAGUGAUUCCAGAGCUCUCAUGGUGUCACGUCAAAGACCGAAAAGCCCACGGAAGGAAGUUAAAAAUGCUUUUUGAGACAUUUCCGACGUACAAAUGUUUCCAUCAGCUGCAUGAGAAGCAAAAAGCAUCCCUAAACACUGCCGAAUUGUUCACAGAAAAGUACAAACCUCGAAAUUCCGAGCAAUUUCUCGUCAACCCAUCGCCAAUUGCAAGUUUGAAGCGAUUUCUCUCGUCAUGGCGCGAAACCAAAUCAGAAAAUUACGAUUCCGCGAACGAUUUUGAGGAUUCCAGUUGUUCGAUGUCGUCAUCCGUCGCUGGCAGCAACGUAAUUCUCAUUCACGGACCCUCUGGAAGUGGCAAGACGUCAAGUGUGCAUGCCUUAGCGAACGAAAUGCACUUUAACGUGUUGGAGAUAAACGCCGGAGCCAAACGGACGGGCAAAAAAAUGCUUCAGGAGCUCCUUGAAGCGACCCAAAGUCAUCAAAUGUUCCGAAAAGACAAGUCAAAGUUGGCAAAAUUGCAACGAAAUAAUUCCACGUCGUCAAAUUCAUCAUCAGAGUCGAGCAAAAAAAUUUCUUUGAUCCUUAUCGAAGAUGCUGACGUCAUUUUAGAUCAAGAUGAUGGAUUUAUAAGCGGAAUUUCGCAGCUCGUGGCAAUUUCUAAACGUCCUGUCAUUUUAACAGCCAUAAAUGCGAAUCUCCCGCAUCUUUCGUCCUAUUUGCAUCAAAAUUCCAUCCAAUUUACGCCUCCAAGUCCGUCUGCCGCUUCGAAAUUUCUCACCGUGAUGUGCCUUGCGGAGAAUUUCAUCGCCAGCGAUACAGCAAUUCGAAAAUUGUACGAAAAAAACCACUGCGAUUUCCGUAAAACGAUUCUUCAGUUGCAAUUUUACUUCGAAACGGGCGGCGAUGUGAAGCAAAUCGAAGAGAAAAUUGUCAAAAACGACGACGACGACGAGGAAAUGAUCGAAGUUAUUCCCGUAACGGAAGCCGAUAUGCAGGAAAUUGAGGAUGAAAACUCAAAAGGUUCGCAUUUGUCGUACGAAGACCCCGAAACUGGUGCGCCAAUCGAGCACCAACACAAGUUGUUUGUGGAUUUCUUUAGUGGGAAACGCGUGACACAGCGAAAAAUUAUCAAAAAAGGCGCAAACAUGGACGAGAUUUCAUCCUUGAGUGAACUUAUGUCAUCGAUUCACAUGUUAAACCGCGCGGGUGAUGAAAUGCACGAUGAAUUAUUGCCAAAUGUGAAUGCAGAGGUGCUGGAAAUGCUUUCUUGUGAUACGACUUUGAAGAGGCCUGUCAGUAAAAGCCCGAAGCUGUACGAAAACCUGCCACUGUUGUCACAAACCACCACAUCACGCGACUGCCUCCUGGACUACGAACCAAUUUUGAGGGACAUUUGUCGUUCGGAGAAACAACGACUCGCAAAUGACCGGAAAGGAAGUCGUUUUUAUCAUUAUUUACGGAAUUUAAAUCCAGUUAACUUUUCCAAAGACUAUUUCGACCAAUUCACGGAAAUUUUGUCGUAGUAAACAAACAUUAUAGCCCAAUUUAAAUUAUUAAGGAGUAAUAAAAUAUGUGAAUUAGUGCACCAAAGUGAUUUUCCUUCACCAUGGACGACCACAUCUCCUUUAUUGACGGAAGGUCAUGCCAAUUGCAUCGCUGGAAUUUCGCGAAAUGCCCCACAUUGAAAUACUUGAAAUUUUUUUACUUUUAUUUAUUUUUGGUCAACAA